CCGCGAGAAAAUGGAAGUUCAAGGAAGUGGCGGUGGGAUCCAGAUUCGUCGAACUACAUAAGACGCAAAAUCUAAUUUUGUCUUCAACUUCUUCUUUUUUCGAUCUUCGUUCCACCCUCCAUGGAUUCUCGUCUUAACUUUUUGCUUCUGUUUGCGACUGCAUUUUCAUUCUCAACCUGCCUUGCUCAAAGCAAUUUGAUUAGUGGCCGUAAGGGUUUAAGGGACCAAUUGGUUGACAGACCUUUGAGCUACUCAAAUCAGUCUGUUAGAAUCGACCCAUCAAGAGUUGUCCAAGUCUCUUGGCGACCAAGGGUUUUCUUGUAUAAAGGUUUUCUCUCAGAUGAGGAAUGCGAUCAUCUUAUUUCUUUGGCUUCAAAUUCGGAAGACAAUCCUUCUAGGAAUAGUGCUGGUUCGGGGAACACUGUCUCAACCGAAUUGCUAAACGGUUCAGGAGUCAUUUUAAACACAACAGAUGAUAUCAUUGCAAGAAUUGAAAAUCGAAUUGCAGUAUGGACUUUGCUCCCAAAAGAUCAUGGCAUGCCUUUUCAGAUAAUGCAAUACAGGGGUGAAGAAGCAAAGCAUAAGUACUUUUAUGGCAAUAGAUCUGCAAUGUCGUCGUCCAGCGAGCCUUUGAUGGCCACAGUAGUUUUGUAUCUCUCAGAUUCUGCUAGUGGCGGUGAAAUGCUGUUUCCAGAAUCAAAGGUAAAGAGCAAAUUUUGGUCAGGCCGAAGAAAGAAAAAGAACUUUUUGAGACCAGUGAAAGGCAAUGCAAUUCUUUUUUUCUCCGUGCAUCUUAAUGCCUCUCCAGACAAGAGUAGCUACCACAUUCGAUACCCAAUACGCAAUGGGGAAUUGUGGGUUGCUACAAAAUUCUUAUACUUAAGACCACCCACAGGGAAUAAACACACUAUCGACUCCAAUAUAGAUGGGUGCAUUGAUGAAGAUAAAAGCUGCCCUCAAUGGGCCGCCAUUGGCGAAUGCGAACGAAAUGCUGUGUUCAUGGUCGGUUCUCCAGAUUACUAUGGUACAUGUAGAAAAAGCUGCAAUGCAUGUUGAUUGAUGCAUAACCAAAUCCAAGUAAAAAUUAUUCUCGUCCUGAUUUGAGCAAGUAUUUGUUUAUUUUUUUAUUCCUAAUUUCAUACAUGUACUACACCGAAUGAGUCUUAGAUAUGUAGUUGUAUUAUUGCUCAUCUUCUGAGUGUAUGAGACAAUCACAUUCUAGUUCUUAGGUUUGAGACUGUUCUGUGAUUUAUACCUUUGUCUUGAAGUUUUGAAAAUGCAAAUUGAGAUAUUAACGUUA